AUGGCGCCUCGUUUAGCUACGAUCUCCAGCUGGAGUUCUGCUAUUGCAAUACUGGCAUCUACCACAGCACCCGUACAGGUUGAAGCUUACAAGACACAACAGUACAGUUGGUACAAGAACUAUUAUCCACGCGUGGAUCAGUACUGCUUUGAAGGUUGCUUCAAUGCCAUCAAUGCCAUUACAUUCGACUACAAACCCGCCAGCAAUGAUAGCCAAGACUGGAAAGUAGACCGAUGCUCCAAUACGCUGAAGAUAAACUCUGGUUUCUACUGCGCACAAACAUAUUGCACUGUAGCAGAGAGACAUGCUGGCCUGACAACGCUAACAACACUUUGCGAUGAAGUGGGAAUUCGCAUCCCGACCGUCGAGGAAGCUGCAUUGCCAGAAUCAGAAUUGCGCGAUAUACUCGUGCUCGACCACACCGCAGCGCACACCACUGCUGAAACGCCGCUCGUUGUACCCGCUAUCCCGGAUGCCGAAUGGCAGGCACGCGCCACACGCACCGUGAGAACAUUCUACAAAGCAUGGGAUCUUGGCUUCAAUUUCUCGUUUCUGCUCGCGCUAUUCUGGAUCGCCGCGAUUGCAACUGGCAUAACGUAUCGAGUUCAGCAGUCGACUAGGAAAGCUGCAGAUGACACGUCGUCCACCUUGUGGUUGUAUGUUCGCAGAAAUCUCCUGUUCCCGGCGACCUUUGGCAGCAAGGAAGCUGUAGCGAUCGGAAACGUUGGGACGAUACCACCGCGGCUCGAGAGCAUUUUGUUUACCGUGUACGUGGUGAUCAAUUUUAUGAUGUGCUUCCCCGGGUACAGCGUCUUUACUGAACAUGUCUGGUAUCCUGACAAGAGGGUCCAAUGGGCACGAUAUAUCGGCGACAGAACUGGAUUUUUGUCAAUUGCUCAAUUGCCGAUGGUCUGGGUAUUUGCUUCUCGCAACAACCCCAUUAUGUGGUUGACAGGCUGGUCAUUCGCAACCUUCACCAGAUUCCAUCGUCUCGUUGCCAGAAUUUGCGUCAUUCACGCCGUUGUCCACUCCGUGGCAUGGACAGCCUUCGCUCUCCUCUUCGACGUAUACGACGCAUACAAAAUCCAAGCCUACUGGCGAAAUGGAGUUGCCGCGACCGUGAUCGGUUGCUUCAUGCUUCUCGCAUCGAUCUACUACCUUCGCGAGAAGUACUAUGAUUCCUUCCUCGUGGUCCACAUCGGCCUGUCAGUCCUCUUCUUCGUCACAACCUGGUACCAUGUCAUCAUCUUCGAUGGCGAAUUCAACUAUUUUCUCUACCCGUGCAUAGCCAUAUGGGUCCUGGAUCGGAUUCUGAGGCUCAAGAGCCUGGUCCUGGUAUCUGUAAUGCCUCGAUUCUUUAAAGGCGUCAAGGCUACUGUUACCUGCAACCCAGAAAUGGAUAUGGUUCGGCUCGAUAUUACGGACUUUCUUGACAACACACGGAUCGCACCUGGUGUGUACUAUUAUUUGUACAUACCUGAUGGCUUACGCGGUUACGAAGGUCACCCAUUCACUCUUUGCUCUUGGCGAAGGCCGCAAGCUGCGAACUCCGAACCACUGUCGCCGACUGAAGUCAUUAAAGAGAAACAGAGCGAUCUGAGCAUCCGACCGGCUUUAAGAGAAUACGCCGUGGGCGGCGAGAUUGCCCAUACGCUGCUCGUACGGCCAUACAAAGGCAUGACGGGCCGAAUGCAAAGGAAACUGCUUUCCAGAGCCUCACUCGGGCCAGCACAACAGACAGUCUUCCUCGAAGGACCGUAUGGCCGAAAGCUGGAUCUGUCAACCUACUCCGAAGUGCUCGUCCUAUGCGGAGGCUCCGGCAUCACGACAGCAGUUUCACACGCGAACUUUCUCGCCGAAAAGAACUCUCAGACCCGUAUGCACAUUUACUGGGCCGUCCCACAGCGUGAGCUAGCAGAUGACGUUUGCGCGAACGAGCUCGCAGCAGUGCUCGAGGCCGGACGUCUUAACAUGACUGUCCACUUGACAGCUGACGCGGAAGAUGAAGAGGGUAUUGCAGAGCAUCAUCGAGGUCGUUCGAAGCAUCGACAGCCAUAUGAGGUGAUACUGGGCAGGCCAGAUAUUGAAGCUGUGAUGCGGAGACAUCGCAAUCUGGCGACGAGGAGUUUGGCAAUUCUGACUUGUGGGCCGCCUCAGUUCAGUGAGGCCUGCCGAGCUGCGGUUGUGAAGAUCCUGGGUGAAGAGGGAGUUGAGGUUGGGUGGUAUAAUGAGAGCAUGACUUGGUAG